GCAUUUCUGUAAUUCAAACGUCAGUUCACAAGUUUUGCACCCAAAAAUCAUGCGUUUUUGAAGUUUGAAUGAAAAUGUUUGAAAGCUAACAUUUAAAAUUUAAAGAAAAGAAAAGGGAAUAAUGGCCUCAGCACUUUUCGGAAGAAAUUUGCUUCUAAAGCAGCUUGCGCCCUUUAAAUUACCCAAACGUCACGGCUACAUUGUCUUAGUACCGGAAAUCGGGGAAGAUUUACCAGAAAAAAACCCUCUGGCGCAACAGAAUGGUUUACCCGAAUUUAACUCCUUGACAAUAGAAAAUUGUAUGGCAGCGAUUGGUAAGCAGGCUUUCGAUUUGGAAUUGGGCGUACAGAAUAUCGAAGAACUGAUUGCGAAGAACGCGGUUAAAGAUGUGUUUCAAGACGUGCUUAAUCCCUUAGAAACUUUAGGCGCCCCGUUGGAUGUGACGUGGGGUUUAUCUAAGACUUUAUAUUUAGGUAAUAGUACGAUAAUGCCUACUAAAAGCUACCUUUCGAUACACGAUCGUGCUCGAAAGUCACGGUCGAUGAAGUUUAACAGUAGUCAAAUUUAUAACACGGUUAAUAAUGAUAGUGGGACUAGGAGCAGUGAACAAAUACGGCUACUUCAAAAGUUCAAGUUGGAGGGCAAAUUGAACGGGUUAUGCGUGAAGGAAGGCCACCGGGCGCGUCUUAAUGAAAUUCUCACCCAGCUGCACGCCGAAAAGGGAAGCUUUAAGGCAAAAAUCGAAAUGGCGACCAAGGCAUUUUCCCAUCGCAUCGAUGAAGCUAGCAUUGUCAAGAAUUUUCCCGCCGACCUACUGCAAGCUAUGGCCGGUGAUCCUCGCGAUUACUUAAAGGCACCGUGGAAUGCGACAUUGCAGCAAAAUGUGUAUUUACCCUUCAUGGAGAAUUGCUCCGUACGCGACCUGAGGUGGAAUAUGUGGUUGGCUAUGGUAGGAAGGGGGUCUACGUACGGCAAUGCCAAUUACAGCACGAGUAGGCAUUUGGAAGAAAUAAGGUAUUUACGAAGGGAGCAAGCUAAACUACUCGGUUACGAAAGCUUCGCCGAUAUGUCUAUGGAGACCAAAAUGGCGGGAAAAGUUAGUAAUGUUAGAAAUGUCUUGGAGGCGCUGUUGGAAGCCGCACGGCCGGCGCAAGAGCGUGAGCUGACGAGCUUACACGAGUUUGCGCUUCGAAACGGUUUCAAAGAUAGCAAAAUCGAACUUUGGGACGUCCCCUACUGGCGCAGGCGCCAACAGAUCGAACUGUUUCACUACCGUGAGGGCGACUACAUUCACUACUUUCCCUUACCCACCGUACUAGACGGUUUAUUUUCCUUAUGCAAAAAGCUAUUUAAAAUCGAAAUUCGACAGAGAAAAGAGGUAUCUACGUGGGCCAGAGACGUCAAAUUCUACGACAUUUAUGAGUCGGAUAGUGCGGAUCCAAUAGCGGGCUUCUAUCUUGAUCCCUACAUUCGAAGUACACAGAAGAUGCACAUUCCGUAUCACAACGGGUGGAUGGUCGGUAUUCAAAAUUGUAGUAAAAUCGCCAAUAUGAAGCCACUAGCCGCACUCGUGCUGAAUUUCUCGCCACCUACCGGCGAUAGACCCUCAUUACUUACGUUCAAAGACGUCAAUCUACUGUUUCACAAGUUCGGACAGGCGCUGCAACAUUUACUAACGAGGACCACCUAUUCUGAAGUGGCGGGACUGUCGAACGUCGAGUGGGACAUCGUGGAAGUGUCCGGUUACACUCUUUCCCAUUUCCUGUACAAUAAAUCAACAAUUGACAUGAUUAGUGGACAUUGUGAUAACGGCGAGAAGCUACCCGUGGAAAUGUUCGAGACACUGAUUAAUUUCCGCAAGCACACAGCGGGUUUAGAUUUGUGCAGGGAGCUUUACCUUUCUGCCUUAGACUUAGAACUUCACACCCACAAGGAGUUUUGGUUGGACGUUGUUAAGGGCCUAUGGUCCCACUAUCGUUGUUUUCCACUACACAAAUUCGAUAGCCACCCCUGCUCGCUCACGCAAAUAUUCGUCGAAGAAUGGGGCGCCGCUUAUUACUCCCACAUUUGGGCACGGGUCCUUGCCGCGGAUAUAUACGGUGCAUUUGACGAGGCACAAGGCGAUGAGCAACUGAUGAAUGUCAGCCAAAGAUUUCGAGAUACAUUUUUAGCUUUAGGAGGCAGUUGCAAUCCAUCGGAGAUGUUCCGCCAGUUUAGAGGUAGGGAUCCGUCACCGAAAGCGCUUUUGAGUUCCUUAGAUUUAAAGCAAGAUAAAUAAUUGAUGAAUGCUUUAUUUGUGAUGUGAUCUAAGCUAACAGCAGAACCUGUUUUUUUACCAACUUGUUGACAUUGUUUGUUAGUAAGAAUAAAUGUAUAUUAUAGGUAUCUAAAAUAAAAGAUUGAAAGUUAAAAUA